UCGCUCUCUACUGGGUCAACCAACUUUCAAAUUGUUCAGAAAUAACUUUGAGCAUUUUUUUUGGGUAAGUAAAAUCCGUUAUCUACAUUUUAGUUUUAGCUUCACCCUGCCAUGACUUCUCUAAGCGUCAAAAAUAGAAUGGAACGCCUUGCGAAGUGGCGGGUAAAUAGGCAUUCACAUUAGACUGUUUCCAUGGAGCGUUGCAAGCAUUGGACAAGCGUGCAGAUUUAGUCUAGUUUGGUUCACCUGUUGAUACUUUAAUCUAUCUAUCUAUCUAUCUAUCUAUCUAUCUAUCUAUCUAUCUAUCUAUCUAUCUAUCUAUCUAUCUAUCUAUCUAUCUAUCUAUCUAUCUAUCUAUCUAUCUAUCUAUCUAUCUAUCUAUCUAUCUAUCUAUCUAUCUAUCUAUCUAUCUAUCUAUCUAUCUAUCUAUCUAUCUAUCUAUCUAUCUAUCUAUAUCUAUCUAUCUAUCUAUCUAUCUAUCUAUCUUUAAAUUUCUAUCUAUCUAUCUAUAUAUCUAUCUAUCUAUCUAUCUAUCUAUUUAUCUACCUAUCUAUCUAUCUGCCUGUCUGUCUGUUUGUCUCCAUCUCACUCACACUCUCUCUCUCUCUCUCUAUAUAUAUAUAUAUAUAUAUAUAUAGAUAGAUAGAUAGAUAGAUAGAUAGAUAGAUAGAUAGAGAGAGAGAGAGAGAGAGAGAGAGAGAGAGAGAGAGAGAGAGAGAGAGAGAUACACUAGUGAGAACCAGGCAUACGUUGCAAUGCCACUCAAAGAAAAAAGUAUGUGUGUUUCAAUUACGCUUUUGAAGUCAUUUUAAAAAGAAUUUUUUUUCCCCCAUCUGGUGAGUACACAAAUAAAUUAAAAGGUUUUUCGACGCGUGAGGAGGCAACAUACAGCUGACCACGUGAGCAGCAUGGAUUUUAAACAUUUACUCCACACACUUGUAGCGAUUGAUCCACCCAUGCAGUAGCUCUGUUUAAAAUCGUAUUUAUAUAUCUCACAUUUUUAAAAAAACAAUUUAAAAUAUGGCCCCCGGCCCCUAAUGCAAAAUUGUAAAAUAGUUGUACAAAUUCAGAAACCUACUUAUUAUGUCACACACAAACUGAAAUGUCGCUUGGAUUUGAUUCAAUGCCAUCCACCCAUUCAAUAGCUCGGGUUGAUAUUAUAUUUGUAGAGCUCAUUUAAAAAGUAACAAUUUAGGAUCCCCGGCCCCAAAAGGAAUAUUUCUGAAACCUUUACGCGCCUGCGCAAAACAACUCACAAAAGUUUUAUCGCAAUCGGAUAGAUGGAAUAGGAGCACAUACGGGAAAUACAUACAUUAAUUAUUAUAUAUGUAAAGAUAUAAUUUACCGAAUAAAAGAUGCCUUUUGCACAACUAUUCAUGGAAGCGUUCUGUCUGUCCGUCAGCCUAUCUAUCUAUAUCCCCACCUCACUUUCUGUCUGUCUGUCCGUCUGUCUAACUCUCUCUCCCUCUCUCUUGAGAGAGAGAGAGAGAGAGAGAGAGAGAGAGAGAGAGAGAGAGAGUUCUCUCUCUCUCUCUCUCUCUCUCUCUCUCUCUCUCUCUCUCUCUCUCUCUCUCUCUCUCUCUCUCUCUCUCUCUCUCUCUGUUUGCCUGUCUGUCUGUCUGUCAUCUAUCUAUUUUUUUAUGAAAAUCUUAAACCAUCUUUAUUUUGAAAAUUAAACUUUCAUUUUGAUUGGGUUUUGAUAUUCAUGCGUAUAAUUAUGUAAAUGUGCUUAUGUUUUGUUAACGUCAUUGAUUUUCUCAAUUGAUAAACAUAUUUCAUUUGUAAAAUGAGAAUAUAGCAUCUAUUUUUCACAACUGUAAUAUCAUUGGAUUUUAAUAAAUUGUCGUCCACGUAAAAAUGUACACACCCUUUUUCCUAACCUUAAACAUUGUGAAAACAUAAUCUUACAUUUACAACAAAAACUCAAUAUAUGACAUACAUUUUAUAAAGGAAUUUGAUAUGUCUCAAACAUAAUCUUAAAUUUACAACAAAAACUCAAUAUAUGACAUAAAUUUUAUAAAGGAAUUUGAUAUAUUGAUAUCUUCGUCAAAGAUUUUAUCAAACUCUUUUGGCUUGUCUAUUUAAUUAUUCAUUAUCAAAUCGUGAAACAAAGAAUUCUUUAUUUGACUAAGAAUCACGCAACCAUUUUUCUCGCUUUAACAGACUUGGGUGUCUUUUUUUUUUCUUUCUUAAAUUCUUAAUUUCAUAAAAAAUUGUUAAUUUCAUAAAAAAUUGUUAAUUUCAUAAAAAAUUGUUAAUUUCAUAAAAAAUUGUUAAUUUCAUAAAAAUUCGCAAAGUAAAAAAAAAAUACAUUUUCCAUUUUUUAAAAAAUAAAAUACUAACCCAUUUCCAUUUUUCAAAAUUAAAUUUUCAAGUGUGUAAAAAUGAUUGGGUUUUGAUAUUCACUUAUAAAAAUGUACCCACGUUUUGUUAACGCCAUUGAUUUUCUUGAUUGUCAAACAUAUAUUUAUUUGUAAAAAGAGAAGUUAACAUCUCUUUUUUCACAAAUGCAGUACCAUAGAAUUUAAAUGAAUUGUCAUUCAAAUAAAAAUGUACACAUCCUUUUUCCUACCUCAAAUAUGCAUGUACCAAGAAAGUUAAUAUUUAAUAAUAAUAAUAAAGUUUAUUUCAAAAACACGCUUCAUCCCUAAAGGCUCGAAGCGCGGUAGAAAAGUAAAAAAAAAAAAAAAAAAAAUAUCUAAAAUUUACCACAUUUAAAAAAAACAAAAAACAAAAAAAAAUAAUUACAAGCAUACCAUGUCAAAGUCUUUCAACCCAUUUCAACCCUAAGAAACGCAGCUAAUAUGCAUUAAAUGGAAACUAUGGUAGACAAUCAUCCCAGAGGGUGUUUGCGAAAUAAAUGUGUCUUUAAAUCGGUUUUUAAGGACUCCAGUGUCUGGUUGUUUCUGAGAUCGACUGGAAGGGCGUUCCAAAUUGUUGGACCAGCAAAUGCGAAAGUGCGCUUUCCGCAAGUCUCAAGGCGAACACGUGGUGUGGAGAGUUUGCCACUGUCGGAUGAGCGGAGUUGUCUAGUGGGUACAUAAGGCGUCAGCAGCUCUUUCAGAUAGGACGGCGCCAGGUCAUAUUUAUCAAAUCCAUUCCUUUAUUUUAGACGUCUCUUGUGCUGCCUGGGGAAAAAUGAACAUACCCAUAUUUGUAAAAAGAGAAUGUAACAUCUCUUUUUUCCCAAAUGUAAUACCAUAGAAUUUAAAUAUAUUACCAUCCACGUAAAAAUGUACACAUCCUAUUUCCUAUCUUCCAUUUGUAUGUACCCAAGAAGGUUAAUCAUUAAUCAAAUUCAUUCCUUUAUCUUUAGUCUUAUCUUGUGCUGUCUGGGGCAAAAUGACCAACUCCCCCCCCCCCCCCCCCCCCGAUUUAAAUAAAAUUGAUAAAAAUCUUCCACCGGAUUGUAGUCCCUUCUAUAUCCAAACUAACAUAUUUUGCACUUCAUAUGGUUUGUUCUAUUUGGAUGAGUUAUAAGUGGAUUAGUGAACGCUAUUUGGCUGUGGAGUUUCGCUGCACUGGUUGACUUAAGCAGCAUUUUCUUAUCAGAAGUAUAUUUAAAGGUUAAUUUUUUAUUACGUUAUAAAUUUAAUAAAAGUCUAUUUUUGGAAUUAAAAAAAGUAAAAACGUACUAAUUGUUUAAAAUAAAUAUCUAAUAUUUGUGUGUGUGUUUUAUUAACAAUUUAAAAGGCAACCCAUUGUAUUUAUUAAUUUUACUCUUACUUUUAAGAAGGGGUGCUGGGUUGCAGAGCGGUAUUAACUGUCUCAAAGCAAAUAGCUGGUGGUCUGGAGUUCAAUCCCCACCAAAGCCAACAUCCCAAGCACCUCGGGUGGAUGGGGACUCGUUAGCCUUGGACGGCAACCCAUCUAAGAGAAGGCAAACUCUGAAUUUAAACCAGGAGCCAGAAUGAUCAACAAAUUGAUCGUGGGCCCCUCAAAUAUAAGAAGAAGAAGAAAUACAUUGUCAAGUUUGUAACGCGGGGUCAAAGAAACUUAAGAGUUUUGUGUAAAAUUGACGAUUCGCGCUAUGACGUCAUUUGCGUGUUUAUUUAGAAAAAAAAUAUUUUAAUUUUAUUUCGCAAUAAAAACGCACUAAAAAACGCAAUAAAGACAACUGAUGUUUGGGUUUUCCCGAUAAAUGUAAUUACGGUGUAAUUCUUUGAUCAUAAUCUUUUUUUACUUUAUUUUUUUCAAUUAUUUAAAAGGGAUUAUUUUAAAUGUAAUUGUAAUUUGUAAUAAUAGUAUUUAAUCUUUUUCUAAAAUAAAAGCGGAUAUAUAAUUUUUUUUUUCGCAUUUAAAUUUAUUUGAUUUCCGUAAAAUAAGAGAAAAUAACUGUGAUCGUUUUCAAGAAUCCGAACGUAUUUAAAUGUUUUCGGUUCUUUAGCGUUAUGUCAGCAUAGCUCAUUCUUAUAUAUAUAUAUAUUAUAUAUAUGUUAAUGAUACUAUUUAAACAACUAUUCUUUAAGUUUGAAUAUUGUCCUCAUACUCCCAUUUACUUUUCAUAUAAACUUAUGAAACGAAUAAUAAUUACAUUUUCAAGCAUCGCAUCAAACAUUGAAAGUAAGUUUACAUUAUACUGUCAAUGUGUUUUAUUUAUCAAUUUAACAAUGUGACAUCAAGCGAACUGUGUCAGAUGUACCCUCUAUUUUUCUUCUUCAUUGGUGGUUCUCAUUAUAUACGCCGCGUUGCUCUGGUUGGCAUACCACCCUUGGACAGAGCCAUGAGAAUGGGGCAAAGAGGGCAGUCACUUCAGAAAGACAAGUGGCGUCAAAAAUCGUAUUUUUACUUGUCCGCCCCCGGAGGGUGGGGUUCUUAACAUUAAGUAGCCCCCGUUUUCCGUCUUCACCACAGGUCCCGAUUUUCCUUGGCAUGGCCCUGUCCUUGGCUACUUCAGCUUCCUCACAGGUGCGCCUCGUAAUAUUACACUUAAUAUAAUUUAUUGCCACUUUUAAUCCAAUGUGACAUCUAGCGAUCGCGGUGCGAACACUUGAGGAGCUACUAUUUACAUUAACUAGAUUUUUAACAAAACCUUUAUUUUAUUUUGUUUAAGUAUUCGCUAUUUCGAAUUGUACAUGUUAGAAUAUAACAACGGGUGUCUGGUAAAAACCUAAAUUUAGCAUAGGCGCCAGGAAUAAAAAUAAAUAAUUUAGGAAUCACUGACGUAGCCGAAAAACCGUGUGUUGGGGGGGGGGGGGGGGCGGCACGUCAAACGCACGUUAAACAUGCGGCGGAUGAAAUAUACUGUAAUACUGCUACUACUGAGCACUAUUUAAGUGAUACCUAGCGAGUUCAUUUGUGAAAACACAAGGCAACAUUAUGACGAUAAUUCCUACAAAACAUUAGCAAUGCAAUUUUUAUAAAAAUUUUAAACAGAAUAGGAGUAGCUAGUGGCUUUAGUUGGAACCGAUGAAAUAUCGCUACGCUCUAUAUAGUUGAUGAUCCCUAUAUUUAAGGCUAAUCUUGUUGGUGGCUUACACUAUUUCAUAAUAAAUAUGCUACUGUUACGAAAAUAGGUCGUGUAGGCCGAUUCUUACUUCCUGUUUAAAGACUUAAAUAACACUUUAUUAAACAACAAUAUAAAGCAGUGGCGUAACUAAGGGGUGCGGGGGGUGCGGACCGAACCGGGUGACACUAUUUCAGGGGGUGACACCAAGAUGAAAAAUUGCAUUUUUACAGAGCACACACUGCUUGCUCUAACUUCUUAAAGGGAUAACUAAUCACACAUAAAUUUCUCACACAUUUAACCAAUCCAAAUGAUGGAUUUUGUAAAAGGUUCAAGGUUGAUGCGUCAGACAUGGGGUAACAAGUCAGUAAAACGCCGUUAUUUAACGCAGACUGAAGUGUUCGGUAACUUUCAUGACAAAAAGCUUUGAUACCAAACACGAUGUGGUCGGGCGAUGCAAAGUACAUGUUGCUGUUCUUAAAUACAUUUGCCUCCUGGGCUUCAAUUAAUUUUUUUUUUGUUCUUGUCAGUCUUAUACUGUGGACUUAUUUUAUCAAGAAGAAAUCCAUCGUUGAAGUCGGGGGGGGGGGGGGGACUCCUACGUUUUCCCCACCCGGGGAAACCCACCCACCGCACCGGGUGACACCAACCCUAGCUACGCCACUGAUAUAUAAGGUCUAUAAUUUUAAUAUAGUUCUCGCUAAGCAUCAAACAAUGACGUGCAACCUGUUUUCAAAUGAUAUUUCAUCACAAAGCAGGACUUAAAGUUAGGACAGGCGUUGCUAUAAAUUGUUGAAUGCCGACCUGUCAGGCGGGCCGUAAUACUUUAAGAAAAACUUGAUAAUAAUGACAGUAGGACAGGGGCGAAAGCUAUUAAAAAAUAAUAAUAAUAAAGAUAUUUCGCGGGCCGCUAAACGGGUGUUGACGGGCCGUAUGUUGUGCAGACCUGGCAUAAUGGCAUCGUGCUUUAAAAUAUAGUAACAGCAUACUUUUAAAUGUACUCGAUAGAAGCUAGAUAUUUUGGUCCUUAUGUUGUGUCAAGUCCAAAAUUAAUGAUUUAAAUUACAUUGUGUUAACACCAGAUCGUAAAAGAAAGAAACAGUUAUGUCAGAUUAACAUGUUAAAAGAAUAUGUUGAUAGAAAAUGUGAUGAUCAUUGUCCAUCCUCAGAACCUAAUGUUAACACAAUCUCAACUUUAACUUCAAUACCUAAAGAAAAUGUUACUGAAACCUUUGAUAGUGUCCCAGAAAAGUUGGUAAUUACAAACUUAAAAAUUCAGAAAUACUGGCUAACUUGGAUAAGAAACUAAGACAUUUGUUAUUGUCAGAGAAGGAUGUUGUUAAGUCUGUUAUUGCAGAUUUUGUUUUACUCUUCCCUGAUGUGCCUAAUAAAACCAACAUUGCUGUACAUGAUGUUGACAUUGGCAAUGCAGUUCCGGUCAAGCAACACCCCUAUAGGGUCAAUCCGGAAAAACUUGAAAUAAUCCGGUCUGAAAUAAAAUACAUGCUUGAAAAUGGUAUAAUUGAACCAAGCUCUAGUAACUGGAGUUCACCAUGUAUUUUAGUCCCAAAGCCUGACAAAAGUUACAGGUUUUGUACUGACUUCAGGAAAGUGAAUGCAUUCACAAAGACUGAUUCCUUUCCGAUUCCAAGGAUAGACGAUCUUAUAGAUCGAAUAGAUGAUGCCAAAUAUGUAACCAAGAUAGACUUACUAUCAGGUUAUUGGCAGGUUCCUCUAUCUGACAGAGCAAAAGAAAUCUCUGCUUUUUGUACUCCAGAUGGUUUAUACCAAUAUAAAGUCAUGCCGUUUGGAAUGAAAAAUGCCCCAGCUACAUUCCAACGUCUAGUAAAUAACAUUAUUGCUGACCAGGAAAAUUGCAGUGCCUAUAUCGAUGAUGUAAUUAUUUACAUUCAAGAUUUUUCAGCUCAUGUAAACCAAUUAAGACCUCUGUUGAAAAAAAUUUUGCAGGCAAAUAUAACUGUAAACUUAAAUAAAUGUGAAUUUUGUCAUGCAAUUGUGGAAUAUUUAGGUCACAUAGUUGGUCAAGGACAUGUAAAGCCUGUUCAAGCUAAGAUAAAUGCUGUUAUAUCACUUCCACCACCCACUUCUAGAAAACAAGUAAUGAGAUUUUUGGGAAUGGCAGGUUACUAUGAUUGCGAGAAAUUAAUCUCUUGUUUUAAGUUAUGACUCGUUGUAAACAGUGCCUAACAAAGGGACGAUACCAUAGAGAAAUACAAAUGCAAAAAUACGACACCCAAAACAGUACUAAUUACAAUUAAUAAUAUUUAUUUAAGUCUUAAUGUAAUUACAAAACAAAAGAAGAUAUAAUUAAAAUCAUUAACUUACAGAGUAUGGUAGAUCUUGUACCGGUACACAAUUAGUACAAUGUGCCAAUUAAUAAUGAUGAAUGAUGAAUGCGAAUAAACACAUAUGAGUACACAAAGAAUAAUACACGUCUCGUCAAGUUAAAAAUAUCUAUCAAUCUAUCUGAAUCUCCGUGAAUCUCUGAAACCCCUUUUUUAUAUAGUGGAUCUACUGACGCGUCCAGAAACGCUUUUGACAUUUUUUUUACGUUUCUCGUCAAAUCGAGAACGUUCCAUAAGAUACUAGGAGACAAACAAAUCAUGUUUGUUAACAAUGGCCUGUACCGUUGUCCAAGCCUAUUGAUAUUCAUAUUAUAGCUUACAUAAGGAAAAAUGAACUGGAGCCCCCAGACCCAGAGAAAUGGAUAUUAUGAGUUCAGUACCCUUCAAUUUGAAUAUGGAUGAUCAUGUGUAUGUGAAAUAAGUUUGGUCAAGAUUCAUCCAUUCAUGAAGAAGUAUUAAGCCUUAUUUAUAUAGCUUAUAUAAGGAAAAAUGAAAUGGGACCCCGGUCCCAGAAGAAUGGAUAUUAUGAGUUCAGUACCCUUCGGUAUUUGAAUAUGGAUAAUAAAAUAUAUGUGUACUAAGUUUGGUCAAGAUCCAUCUACUCAUGUAGGAGUAUUUGUUUCUAAUUAUUUUUACAUAGCUCAUAUAAGGAAAAAAACGAAUUCGGGGCCCCCGGUUGCAAACGGAAAGUUAUAAAAAGUUCAUAACCCCUUAAGAUUUCCUUCUGGAUAAUGAUGGAUAUAUAUGCCAAGCUUGGUCAAGAUCCAUCAAUCCUUGUAAAAGCCUUUAUAUCAUAUAUAUAUAUAUAUAUAUAUAUAUAUAUAUAUAUAUAUAUAUAUAUAUAUAUAUAUAUAUUUUAUCUGAAGAGAUAAAUUUACACAAAUAUAGACUCUUCAAUUUAUAUAUAUAAAAAUCGUUUUCUAAAUAUAAAUAUAUUUGUAAAAGACUUUAUAUAAUAUAUAUAUAUAUAUAUAUAUAUAUAUAUAUAUAUAUAUAUAUAUAUAUAUAUAUAUAUAGUUUAACUGAAGAGGUAAGUUUACAAACAUAUAGUCCAUUCAAUUAUCCUUCAUUUUAUACCGAAUUUCGUCUUACAACCUAACAAUAUUUUUUAUUUUUUUUUAAUCACAACCUCUCACUUCUCGGACUCGAGUCCGAAUAGCCACUUCGAGCCACUGCAACCACUUAGUGCCACCACAACCACUCAGUUCAGCCGCAUCCACCCAUUGAUCCAGCUGCUUUAGGAAACUACGAAUGUAUUGUUGUAGUCAUGAGCCCAUCAAAACUUUACCUCAAUUCUUUCCUUUUCUUCAUCUUCAAACUAAUACAUUAAUAUUUUAAUAUCUUUCCAUGAAUUUGGCCAUUACGCAUGGCGUUUACUUCAUUUAUAAAACAUGGAUUUUUUUUUUUUAAAUGUCACUUAAACUAAUAGUCAAUGCUCGCUUUCAGUAUAAUUAAGUUAACUGAAAUUUUCAAAAACAUUUUCUUUUCUUUAAUUUAUUUUAUAGAUUGCACCCAAUCCAGCAAUCGGUUAAAAUGAAAGAAGAAAAUGGCAUUGCGUCUCUCAAGCGAGGUGAUACGCCGAUGGAACACAUUCCACUGAGUGAUACGCUGAUUGCACAUAUCUCAUUGGGUGAUACGCCGAUGGAACACAUUCCACUGAGCGAUACGCCGAUGGAACACAUUCCACUGGGUGAUACGCCGAUGGAACACAUUCCACUGGGUGAUACGCCCUACCUUGUGUAA